AUGAAGACGGCCAUGAUAUUAGCUGUCAUGGUACUUCUUCUAGCUCAACCUCUACAUCAUCUUCAUCCUCAAGCUCAAGCGCCGGCGAUGGUAGCUCAAUCUCAAGCGCUUGCCCUGGUGCUAAAAAGUAGGACUAUUUGUAUUUAUGGGGGGCAAACGCUCAUGAUCAUAAUGGCUCUCCUAAUUAUGCUCAGACUUGGUUGGUGGUGGCUUCGCAGAAUCACGUUCCAGACAGAGGAAGACGCUGGUGCUGGUUUUGUUACUCCGACUUCCAGAAAUAGUAAAAGGCCUGGUAGUGGGAAUGGUAAAAAUAGGCAAAUCAUGGAUGUGGACGGGGAGUCCCCUGGGCAAGAAAAGUAUGAAGUGCAUCACAUAAACAAAAGACGUGAAAAGAAGCAGCGACAUGCGAUUGAGGACCUAUGCUUGGAGGAGCGACAACGACAAGAGAGAUCGCCUUCACCUCAACAUCUACUUGGAGAAGAUCGAAGGACCUCUUCUAAGAUCACAAAUUAUCAUGAUCAUGAGACAGAAUAUCAUCGGCAAGAACGUUGUCCAUCAUCACAACAUGAUGAGCAAUCCCAUUCACAAAUAGGUGAACCGCCCGUCUUGCAAGUGCCUGAUGCUGGUUUCCAUAGAGGUCAAGCAGAAACGGCACCGGCUUUGGAGCCUGCUGUGCGACCACGUUCUAACUCCGCCAGAUUAGAGGUUCCAUCUCUACCAGAAGAUGCGGAUGAUCCUGAGGAGUUUCCACCACCAGGACUAAACGAGUCACCGUCACGUCUCAAUGGAGCGUUGAAUAUGGAUGAAGUAACAUUAAGGCUCCAAGGGUCAUUUUUUUUCCUCUGUUUGUUUUUGGGAAAUUGAAGAAAUUAAUAAAUAUGAACCCAAGAAAUUAAUUGUUUUGCGCUCUAAUGACACUGGGCGCGUUCUAUCGAACACACAAGGAGAGACUUCUCGAAGUAUCACGAGCGAUGACUACGCUUUUGCAAUUGGGAAACGUUGACGGCGUGGGCGGACGAGAUCAACUUCAUCUCUACGACCAUGCCAUUUCGAAGAACGUUGGCGAUUUUACUCAGCUUUUCCUGGGUAUGUGCGACGUGAUGGAGACCGCGGCGGCAUUUCUAGAGAGAGAGUUAAGGCGACCGCUGGAGCAUCGUCAACAUCAUUCUUGGCCCUUUUUUCAAGGGGAAAAGGCGCCCAGGGAGGCCCCCAGGGAUGCGAGCGCGGUAGCUCUAAGAGAAGGCCCAGCCGAGCCUUGUGCAACGCUCUAUGACUCGGUCUCUCCCGUCUUGCAAGCGAACGACAGAUCCAGAGCUACUUCCCCCAGUUGUCAGCCUGGUGGGCAUCAAUCCUACGCCCAUAUAAGCAACAGUGUAGAGCAGGCAAACACAGAGGAGGAGGACACCACGAUACAGAGAAGGUCUCAUCGUGACACCUUGCGGACACCACCUCAAGAACAAUAUCUACUACUGCCAGAGCGUACUUACGUUUGUUGA